AUGGUCUCCACCGAACCUCAUCUCAACUUCCGAUCCUUCGUCGAAGCCCUCAAGGCUGACAACGACCUGGUUGAAAUCAACACUACGAUCGAUGCCAACCUCGAGGCAGCAGCCAUCACCCGACGAGUCUGCGAGACCGACGACAAAGCUCCUUUGUUCAACAACAUCAUCGGCUCUCAACAUGGCCUCUUCCGAAUCCUCGGUGCCCCAGCCUCACUGAGGAAGUCCUCCAAGGACCGCUACGGUCGCCUGGCUCGCCACCUCGCUCUGCCUCCUACUGCCUCCAUGCGCGAAAUCCUCGACAAGAUGCUCUCGGCUAGCACCAUGGCUCCAAUCGCCCCUCAAAUCUUGGAAACAGGCCCCUGCAAGGAGAACUCGCUUGAGGGUGAUCAAAUUGAUCUCACCAAGAUCCCUGCACCCCGAAUCCACCAACACGAUGGUGGAAAGUACAUCCAGACAUACGGUAUGCACAUCGUCCAAUCGCCCGACGGAUCCUGGACCAACUGGUCCAUUGCUCGGGCGAUGGUUUCCGAUGAACGACACCUUGCCGGUCUUGUCAUCGAGCCCCAGCAUAUUUGGCAAAUUCACCAAAUGUGGAAGAAGGAGAAGCGCGAUGUGCCCUGGGCCUUGGCAUUCGGUGUUCCCCCAGCCGCCAUCAUGGCCUCAAGCAUGCCAAUCCCCGACGGCGUCAGUGAGGCCGAGUACGUCGGUGCCAUGACUGGAUCUGCGCUUGAGCUCGUCAAGUGCGACACCAACAACAUGUAUGUGCCAGCAACUUCGGAGAUCGUCUUCGAAGGCACACUAUCCAUCACAGAUACCGCGCCAGAAGGCCCCUUCGGUGAAAUGCAUGGCUACGUCUUCCCCGGCGACACCCAUCUCUGGCCCAAGUACACCGUCAACAAAAUCACAUACCGCAACGACCCUAUCUUGCCCAUGUCCGCUUGUGGUCGCUUGACAGAUGAGACACACACCAUGAUCGGUGCUCUCGCCGCUGCCGAAAUCGGCAAGCUCUGCAAGCAAGCCGGCCUCCCCGUGACAGAUGCCUUCUCACCCUUCGAGUCCCAAGUUACCUGGGUAGCCCUCCGCAUCGAUACAGCCCGCCUCCGCGAAAUGAACACCACCUCUGUCGAGCUGCGCAAGCGCAUCGGAGACCUGAUCUUCAACGCCAAGGCCGGCUACACCAUCCACAGACUUGUGCUGUGCGGUGACGAUAUCGACGUCUACGACGGUAAGGAUGUCAUGUGGGCAUUUUCGACCAGAUGUCGCCCCGGCUCGGAUGAGACCUUCUUUGAGGAUGUUCGGGGAUUCCCGCUCGUUCCGUACAUGAGUCAUGGUGCGCACUCGAAGACGAUGGGCGGAAAGGUGGUUUCUGAUGCUCUUAUGCCGACUGAGUAUACUACUGGUCGGGAUUGGGUGGCUGCGGACUUUGAGUCUUCUUAUCCUGAGGAGUUGAAGAAGAAGGUUUUGGAUAACUGGACUCAGAUGGGAUUCCGUGAGGAAUAG